ACCCACCCAAUCUUUCGUCACUUUUCGCACAAAGCAGCUGCUCCAGGACUCUCAAAACCAUGUACGCCGAUAUCUAUCUAUAUAUCUAUGAUCCCUGGGAAACUCUUGCUCUUCAUUGCAGAUCUGAACCGGCUUCCGCAUUCGCAUUGUGAUUCAGACUCAGAAAAGUGUGUUUACUGAAAUGGCAGCAAGGAAGCCUGGUUUGAUUGCUUUAUUUGAUGUUGAUGGGACUCUUACGGCUCCAAGAAAGGUGGUUACUCCAGAGAUGCUGAAGUUCAUGCAAGAACUUAGAAAGGUGGUCACAGUUGGUGUUGUUGGCGGGUCUGACCUUGUUAAGAUAUCAGAGCAGCUUGGAAUGUCAGUUUUACAUGACUAUGAUUAUGUAUUUUCGGAAAAUGGUCUUGUGGCCCAUAAGGACGGGAAGCUUAUUGAGACCCAGAGCUUGAAGUCAUUUCUUGGAGAAGAAAAACUCAAGGAAUUUAUUAAUUUUACUCUGCAUUACAUUGCUGACUUGGAUAUCCCUAUAAAAAGAGGUACAUUUAUAGAGUUCCGAAAUGGGAUGCUCAAUGUAUCACCAAUUGGCCGGAACUGCAGCCAAGAAGAGCGGGAUGAGUUUGAAAAGUAUGACAAGGUUCACAACAUUCGACCAAAGAUGGUAUCUGUGUUCCGAGAGAAAUUUGCUCACCUUAACCUCAGCUUUUCCAUAGGGGGACAAAUAAGUUUUGACGUAUUUCCUCGAGGCUGGGACAAGACUUACUGCUUGAGAUUCCUGGAUGAUUUUAGUGAAAUUCAUUUCUUUGGAGACAAGACUUACAAGGGAGGAAAUGACCAUGAGAUAUAUGAGUCGGAACGAACCAUGGGUCAUACAGUCACCAGCCCCGGGGAUACCCUAAAGCAGUGCACAGCUCUCUUCCUAUCAGGGAAGGUUUAAUGCUCCUGGCCCUAUUUCAACUUUGUUGCUUUCAUUUGUUUGUUAUUCUUAAGUUAUUGAUAUGGAGAAUAAUGGGAUGGCAGACGUAGCUGCCUGAACGUGUAACUCAGCUUCAUUAGCUUAAUUUCUAUUGGGAGUUAAUCAGCAUUUUAUUCUUUCCCUUAUUCA